UCCACUGAUGUUGUGCUUGGCUCCUGUGGGACUGCAACUCACGGCUUGAAACCGGAGCCAAUUUUCUGUCUUAAUCUCAGUGUUUUGACUGGAGGCAGAUCCAGUUCAGCCCAACCGGGGCUGGUGGAAACAACUACCUAAGAGUCGUGCUCUGUUUCGCUUGGGGAGGUAAAGAAAGGAGGAGGGAAGUGAAGAGGGAGUCUGAGAGAGAGUGGCUGAGGGAACAGCCAGCCAGCCAGCCACACAUAAGAGGCACGCAUACAAUGUCGUUGCUGAGGUCGCUCUAGGUGGAGAGAAUGAAGUGAUCCUCUUGCAACCUGGGAGCAUCGCUGGGAUCGGUUUGUUUGGAUUUACAGCUUGCUUGCUUUCUCAGAAAAUGAAGAAAGAGCGACUCUGAAUUAAGAGAAGAGUUGGGAUUUUGGGGCUGGCCAGCCAGUCAAUAGGAAAGUGCUGCCUUUCUUAGAGGAAGGGCAGCGAUCCUAAGCACGCUUUCCUGGAAAUCGGAGGCGCAGCGAUGACUCUGGUGCUGCCCCUGAGCAGCUUCUGCGAGCCCAUUGUCUCUUCCGAAGGAGCCGGAGAGUUCCAAGCGCUGUGGGAGUCGCGCUGUUGCAGCAAGAGCAGCCCCGCCUCGGAUGUCGCCGCCGCCGCCAGCAGCAGCAGCAGCAGCAGCCAGGGCCAGGCUCAGCAGCAGCAGCCGCCGCCUCACGGCUGCGAAGGCAGGGCAUCGGCCGGGCAGUCCCCAGCGGCAGGCUUACACCACAGAGGAGUUUCAAAUCCUAUAGCAACAUCCAAGAUCACGUAUUUUAAAAGGAAGUAUGUGGAAGAAGAAGAUAUUCACCCACCACUCAGCAGUUGUACACCUAAAACAAUCUCCGUCUUUGAGGAGCGGGCGCAUAUCCUGUACAUGUCACUAGAGAAACUGAAGUACAUUGAUGACCCUGAAGUCUACUUGAGGAGAUCUGUCCUUAUAAAUAAUUUAAUGAAGAGAAUUCAUGGGGAAAUUAUCAUGCAAAACAACUGGUGUUUCCCAACUUGCUCUUUUGGCAGUGCUGCAGCCCAAGAGUGGUUCGUGUCCCACGACUGCCCUUAUAGGAAACGGCUCCGGAUGGCACGGGAGGACGGUGAAAAGACCCACACAUGCUGCUUUUAUCAAGAAUGUGGCAGCCAUUACUUAGGUUUACCGUUAUCUGCGAAUUCUGCAAGUCCAUCCUCUGCCUCUGCCUCCAACUCUGCUUCAUCCUCUUCUUCUUCUAUAUCUUUGCCAAGUUGUUCCCAACCCAUAGGAUAUGGUGUCAGCAGUGCCCCUGUUUAUAGAAAUGAUGAUCAAAUACAUGCCAAUGAAAUUUUCAUUACUAAUGCCGGUCCACAUCAGGAUAAGACAAUGUUAAGCAGCGAGAAAGGAGGUCAUGAAGUGGAGCGAGACUCUGCUUUAGACUGGGAACUGAUGAAAAGUGAGCAUGGCAGUGAAUGUAAAAGCAAAUACUAUGAUUAUUUUGAGACAGGGCAUGGUGACAAGAGCAACAUGAAUGAAUCUUGGAAGAAAUCCUUACGGAAAAAGGAGUGCUUACCAGGCAGCAAAAUAUGUUGCAGUAAAGGAAGUAAAAUUUGAAACUUCUACAUAUUUGCAUUUCUGAAAUACGCACAGCAUGUUGAAUUCAUCGAACAAAAAUGUUGUUGUGGAUGGAUUUUCUUAAUACUUUUAUACAACCAAUACAAUCAUGUCAUAAGCUUCAUGGAUAGUUUCAAUGACGUUGGAGCAGAUUGCAUCAAAGUGUAUGUAUGGUCUGCAUCACAGAACUAUUUAUAAAGAUAUGAAAUCUUCACAAAGAGCACAGUUUAAAUGCGAUGUAUGAGUAUAUUUUAGCUUUUGUUGCUGAAAGAACCAAUAAAUCAGAUGGAGAAAACAUAACCCUUUUGAAGUACCGUUUCCCUAGGGAGUCUGACAUGAUUUAAGAGGAAUCUCCUUUAUGCUUAUCAAUUAAUUAUAUAUUUGAUAAGCAAAUUGUUACCAGCACAUGGGGAAAGGAUACUUUUUGCCCAACAAUAAUGGCUAUGAGAAAGACUGCAUAUAGUUUAGAAGAAUAAACCUACACCGUGCUGUCCAAAAUAUUUGUCUACUUUAACAAAUAGGGUGCAAUAACACCUUUCUAUGGAAUUUUAAUCAGAAAUACCAUAUACUGUACAGUUCCAGCACAUGUACAGUUUUCAUCUAAGCUGCAGAAAUGAAUUAGCCUUAUGGUGGUUUAGUGCUAUAAAGGGCAGCGUUUCUUUGGUGCCUUACUUUUUAUCUUAAUUUUUCCAGGGUGAAAAUUAAGUUUAAAAAAGAAUACAGCUACAGCAGGGAUGUAACCUAAACAGGAAAACAAAUAAUAAUAACAGGGUGGAUCAAAUAGUAUUAGAAGCCGUAUCUUUUAAAAUACAGAAUUUGAUUUCCAAUUCAAAUUCAUCUAUUCUUCCUUUUUGCUCAAUUGGUUUUUGGUUUGCCAUCCUUAGGAAGUGAUUGAAGAAAAAAACAAUAGAGAGAUAUCUCUUGUAAACAAGCAUUGGCUGCUUGAAUAUUUCUAUGGCAACUGUCUGUUGCUGUGAUUUUUUUUCCUUUUUCUUUCUUGUAUUAUGAAGUUCAUGAACCAGUGGCAUGCUUUAUACUUUAUUCUGCUUCACUUCAUUUUCUCUCUUUAAAGUUGUAAAGAGCAUGUACUGGGAUUUUCUAUAAUGUUAGGGGUUCUUUUUAUUUUUUGGGGAAAAAGCACAAUGUGGUGAUAUAAGAUUUUUAUCUGAAAUGAAUGUAAGGGUUUUAAUCUUUGUUGGGUUUUUUUAAAAUACUAUCUUGGAGAAACAGGGGAUAACUUUAAAUUCUUGGGGAAAUUGUUCAGUUUCAGGUAUUUUCAUUUUAAAAUACACUGUUUCAUUGGAAGUUGAAUAUGUUUGAAUCCCAUUGGUAACUGGGAGUCUUGUGCACACCAUUAAUUCUGCCUCAUUCGUAUCACAGAAAUUUUGUUGUGGCUAAAAGACUGGGGGGAAAACAGAUGGAAAAAAACUACAAUCCUUCACUCAAAUAAUCCUUGCUACAAAACUUGAUCUGAAUUAAUAGCUAUCUUAAUGGGAGAAAAGUACUUAAUUAGAGCUAGAUCCUGCUCUUAUUCUUUUCACUGGAUUAUUGAUUUCCUGGCUGCCUUGCUAUGUUUGCUGGUUCACACUCUUGUUAUUUUUACUUAAGCAUGAGUAAAGAAUUUUCUCACAUCUGGAUGUGCACUACCAUUGAAUCAGCUCAUGCCUCUGUUUUCGUCAGACUGUAUUCAGCUGUGGCUCUCCACAGAACUGUAUUCUGCAUAGUAGUUACAUGAACUAACUCAAGCAGCUAUCUAGUAUCUUUAAUGCCUCAUUCUCUUCCCUCUCCAAAUAACACACAUGUUGUAAAGUAGAGGAAAUAAUUUGGAAAAAAAAGACUUCAGUUCUUCCUCUAUGGUUUUAACAAAUGAUCUGUAAGAGAUGUGAAAAGAGGAGAGAUCUGUGCUGCAGAAGAAAUCUAGGGAGAAGCCUAUUUUAGUGGGUAGAGCACAUGCCUUCCAUGUCAAAGAUGUCAAGGGCUGAAUUCCCAUCCUCUGCUGCCAGCCUGUCUCUGACAUAGAAGCCUUUCCACCUGGUUUGUAGAUAUCAAGGGUCAGUUGUGGUGAACUAUUGGUGACAGAAAGGUAUUAUAUAAUGAGACACAUUUUCUCUUUAUGAAGAGUUCCAAAAAUAUUGAUUUACUGCCAUCUCUUUACAACCACUUAUAAAUAUAAGAGAUAAUUGAAUUGUAUUGCCUGAAUCCAACUACUAGUGUGAAACCACUGAAUCAACAGAUCUUACAUAACAGUUGCUUUACCAUCAAGAAAUUAAUUCAAUGUGUCUAGUACUUGGACGUAGGUCUCUAUGUGUGUGUAGUGGAUGGGAAUAUACUUUUGUUGUUCUCUCUACCAUUGAGAUUCUAAUUUGGUGUAUAGUAAUUGGGGACUAAGAGCUACUGAACUCAGUGGGAUAUAUUCCAGAGCAGACAUGCACAGGAUUGUAUUGUAUGCAGAAACAACAAUGAAUCUUUUCUCAAUGUACAGCUGACAAAUGUACCAGCCCAUCCUGCUUGGAUUAUAGGCCAUCCUUGAGCAAAUGCAUUACAGCAUGCACUUUCACGAAUUAACAACGCACACAAUGGCGACAGCUAUAGGCCAUUACAUUUCAAAUUGCAAUACAUUUUAAAUUUUUAAGUGCCAUAGGACUCUUUUGGUUUUCUAAUGCAAUAUGGUCAUCUCUUUGAAAUUCUAACUACUAUGGUCUUGUCCAUGUCAUCUACCUUUUCUUCAGUUUUGUGCCAUAUAUAAAAUGUCUUGAAGGAACAGAAGCAGCUGUGGAGAAGUGGUAACAUCAUUUCCUGUAGGGUCAGCGCUAGUUCCUCCCCCUCCAAGGAGCCUUAAUAUACAUAUGAAGUGCAUGCGUAGCACAGUGACCUCUGCACAGAAAGGGUCAUCAUAUAUCAAAAAGUUAAGAGAACAUCUGCAGUAUUUGGAUAAUUUAAAAUGAGAAUUUCACCCUCAAUAAAGAUGCAGUCUAAUGCCAUUGUAUCAAUGUUGAACAAUAGAUAAGAUUUACCAUUGAGCCUCCUGGUUGUGGUAAAGGAAUCUACUUUAGAAUAUUACGGUCUUCAAUGAAUGCUUGAGUGAGUGAUAGAUCUUUCCUUUCCUGCCCAGUGAGCAGGCUGUCCCCUGUGAAGAAUUAACAACAGAUGUAGCAACCCAUGGGCUACUUAGCUAGAAACCCAAAUGUCUUUAGAGAAGGGAAGAGACUCCAGCAUGACUGCUCCUUUGGAGGAGUGGGAGGCUAGUGAAGAAGUCACUCGUGUUUUUAUUCUACCACUGGGAGCCAGGGCUGAGUAGGAGGAUAACGGGGAGGGGGGUGCCGAUUGAAACUAGAGCCUGGAUAUAAUGAGUUUCAGGUAAUAUAAUUACCUGGAACAGGUUACAGGAAUUUUUCCUUAAAAGAGGAUUACAUUUUAAAAGAGAUGCAACAAGAGGAUAUGAUGGAUUCUUUCAGUGUGACAAGUAAUCUUUUCUAAUUGGCCCCCUUUUCUUAGGGGUGGCAGUUUUAGAAGAAUUUUGUAUGAAAUUUUCCAAGUUUUCUUAUCAGUUCUAAGAUGUUAUAAAAACACAAUGAGUUCAUUGCCUAUAAAACUGUAACAUAACAAUCCUGAUUUACUAUUUUACACCACAAUGAUCUGUGGUUACAAAUUAAUUUUAAGUGCAUUUCUGUGUUCUGGUCUUAACCCUCUUGCCUCCAUGUCUGAUGAUGUGGAAAUAGUAAGAGAACUGCUGGAGCACAUGAGUGGAACAGAUAGGAAACACUCAACUCAAGUAGCCAAGGAGGAGUGCCAUAGCCAUACAUAUGCUUGCACACACAGUAAUGCCUAAGAGGAAUCUUAAGAUCUUAGAACUUAAUAUUCAGAGUCAGGUUCUUGACCAUGAAUAACUUCACUUCCUACUGCACUGCAUUUCAAUUGCCUUUGUAAAACUUGUAUUUUAAGAUUAUACAAUGGAGCUAAUUCUAACACACUGUGUUGUGCUACUUAAAAGCUUAUUAUUUGCAUGAUAUAAGAAUUACAAGAGGUAAUUUCUAAGUUUCUUUUAUGCUUAAGAAGUACAUAGACAAAAUUUGCAGAUAAUGAAAGAGAAAAAUUUACCUAUGCCCAUAUUAAGAAAUGUGCAAAGAUAUUCAAUAUUAAAUACAUCUAUUUUGUGUGUUUUUUAAAGUUAUCCUACCUUAUUUCUCCAAGACAAAAACAUUCUUAUUAUUGCUAUCAAUAUUAUAUAUAGGUCUCAUUCAUACAGUGUAUGAGUAAGAUCAUUUAGUCAUUUGUCCACAUGGACCAUUUUUUUCAAGUGGAUUUUUUCUUCUUGUGUUAUAUUCAGUUGAGAAUAGAAAAUUAUGUUCUUGUUCCAGUAUAUGUCAAACAUCUGAUGUUUUAAGCUUAGGUAUUUAGGUACUUGUAUACUAAGGUGAUGUUGUAGUAAA